UAUCCCUAUCCCUAUCCUAUUCGACGGUUACCUUUUCCCAUCCUCGCGCUCUGCAAGAAGCGUAAUCGCGCUCGACCCUCUCACUUCCCGCUCACGGCAACUCCUCACCCUCGAAGAUCCUCAACAUGCUCGCCGCACGCGCUAUGGUACCCGUCUCGUUCGAGCUGCACUCGACGCCCUCCACGUCCGAAGCGUCAAGCGUGACGUCCAGCGCGCAGAUCUCGCCUUCCCCCAGUAUGGACCGGAUCCACCUGAUCACCCCUAGCGGGCGGGCGCUCAAGACUGCGAGGGGCGUGUUGCCGCAUCCUGGGGAGCUGACACCAGAGGAGAGCGAGGACGAGCAGGGAGAGGAGGGAGAUGGGGGCAGGAAGAGGAGCCCGUUGGUGCCUGUGAGAGGGAGAUUCGUGCUUGGUGCGGAUGAGGAGGAUGCGGUGACGAGUAAGGAUAUGAUCGACACGGAGCCUGUGUCUGCUGUACCCUUGGUACGUCUACCUUUCACACUUCACAUUACACUAUCUAUCGAUCUCCUCCAACCCAGUGCCUUCUUUGACACUUGUUAUUUCUUGCACUCCUUAUUUGUGAUUGGAAUCGGUGAGGGGUUCUAUCAGCGCGGUGUUUGCGGUGGAGUAUAUGCGCAUACAUCCAGCUCUCCUUUCCAGCUCAGUAGUCCGCAAGCUGUCCUGUCGUCAUCUCUCCUGUCGCUGUGGCCUCGGACGAGUCCGGCCAGAGCGAUGUGAGAGAUAUAUGAGGCUGUGCAAGCCCGUUACCGGCCGGUUGGGUGGCUGAGUCUUUGUGCUCGGCACAGAGACACAGACCGUCGGGGUUAAUUUGGUUCUCUUACUCCUUAUUGAUGUGAGAGAGAUGACGUGAUGCGGAGUACGGCUGCCGGCCGAAAAUGAAUACUUUUAUGUGCUGACGUUAACUGCUCCUUUUACCCUUUUGCUUGUCUCAUCGAACUACUGCUGGCACGCGAGAGUGGUAGCGCCCUGAACUUAUCUUCUU